UCGAACCAGGAUCUCUAGUGGCACAGCUAGCACUGCGAUGCAGUGCCUUAGACCACUGUGCCACAGUAAGAUAUGUAUUUUAUUGUCUGUUACAUGAUUAAUAAUUAUAUUUUCCCUGUUCACUCCCCUUACAGAUCCACAAUGGAACACGUAGAGGUGCCAAGGUUGAUUAAAUACUACACCAUCACCACUGGCAAUAUUAUGGGUUCUCAUAUCCAGUUUACGAGACAACUUGGAGGAGGCUUCACUGAAGUGAUGUCACCAGAGCAGAGUGAUGUCAUCAUGGCUUUCUGUCCCAUUGUCUCUCGUGCUGGUACUGAUAUUGAGGCAGCACUGCAGCAGAUUCCAGAUGAUAAACAUGUCAUUCUGGUAGUCCUGCAUCACUUUUUUAAUCCGGAGUGCACUGUACCUGACAGCAGCCGACUAGUGACCAGAGGUGAUAUAAAACUCACAGUGGACUGUCUGUUUCAUGAGAGUCAGGGAGGACUACUGAACUGUCCUCGCAACAAAGCAGCAGUUGGUAACAUUCUGAUCCAGCUGAACAUGAAGCCAAAGGUGACAGAUGUCGUCAUGGACAUCCCUGAUCACAGGAACAGGCCACGCACAUUUCUUGGAGGGAUGUCAGGGAUGGUGAGAUUCUUCAUAUUUGUGCAUGGUAAUACCUUGGGUGCUCAUGUGGAUUUGACAAGACAUCUCGUCAUCAGAGGAGGCUGUACUGAAGUGAUGUCACUAGAAGAGAGUGAUGUCGUCAUGGCUUUUUGUCCCAUCGUCUCUCGUGCUGGUACUGAUAUUGAGGCAGCACUGCAGCAGAUUCCUGUUGGUAAACCUGUCAUUCUGGUAGUGCUGCGUCACACCUUCAACCCAGACUACACCGUACCUGACAGCAGCAGACUAGUGACCAGAGGUGAUGUAAUACUCACAGUGGACUGUCUCUUCCAUGAGACCCAGGGACUACUGGAGUGUCCUCAAAAUGAAGAAGUUGUCAAAGAGAUACUGAAGAAGCUUAAUAUACAUCCUGAGACUGAAUCUGGAUCUCACUGUAUGGGCCCGUGCAUGAUGGCGUGUUCCUGGGUCCUUGGUUGGAUCAUGGCAGUCAGGCGUUGUUGCCAAACAUCACCAUUUGCAUUUGUUGUUGGGCUUGUUAUUUUUCUUGUUAUUUUGUGUUUGGCUAUAUUUUUUAUUGUUUCUAGCAAGAAACAAAGAGGUUUAUCAAAAUAACCUAAUGGAAAUAGAGCAAGUAGUUCUAAACUGCAAUAGAGGAAUAAAAUGUAGAAAUUACAUAGACAACACAGAUAGACUGACUUAAUUGUACAUUAAAAGUAAUGAAUAAAGCCUAAUAAAGCACCUACUCUACCUACCUUUAUCUAUCAGGAUAGUGUGUUAGUUUAAGAUGGCACGAUGCUCAUGUAAUAUUGUAGGCCUACUCUGAUUGUAUAUUCUGUAUUGUCACUUUAUUCUGCUUCGACUGCCCUUCUUUUAAAUAUUAAAGUCAUUGAAUUUCA